AUGGAUCGCGAAAUUAAAACACAAAUUGUCCAAACGUGCACGUCCCAACAGCUUCGACGAAAAGCCCUUCGUACUGAAAUGACUCUCCAACAACUCUUAGAUCAAGGCCGAGCCUACGAACUAUCACACCAACAAGCUCAGGAAAUGGAAAAUAACAACACAGAAUCAGUCAACCAGAUGAAAACUGCUGCAACACGAAAUUACUUUUCGAAGAACUUCAACUCACAACGUCAAGGACCAAGACAAGAAUCAACGAAACUAUGUUAUUUUUGCAGCAAACCCUAUCCUCAUCCUGGCGUAUGUCCAGCAAAAGGGAAAACGUGUCGACUUUGCGGGAAAUUGAAUCACUUUGCCGUCGCAUGCCGUUCAUCUCCACAAAAACAACAACAUCGCCACCAUGAAAGUGACAAACGUCAGACGGUUAAAUAUGUAAACGAAGAAAUCGCAAGUGACAAUACCAGUGAACACUCCGAGUCGGAUGAAUAUACGUUUAUGGUGCAAGAUACAGACGAAAAUACCAAACAUCCAAUGGUUAACUUACGGAUUCAAAACCUAGCCAAAGUUAAAUUCAUUAUUGACACUGGAGCGACAGUUAAUUUACUCGAAGAAAAGGAUUUUGAAGCCCUCAAACCGGAAAUAACAUUGCAACACAGUUCUAUCAACAUCUACCCCUACAAGUCCGAUAAACCCCUCCGUGUCCUUGGAAAGUUUACUGCUACUGUAGAAUCGCGGAAACGAAUUGAUGCUGCCGAGUUUUUUGUCGUUAGCAACAACGGUUGCCUUGGAGGUUCUUUGUUAUCCUACAAUACUGCAAAGCAUCUUGGUUUGAUUGCAAUUACUAACGCUGUGGACACUGCUAAGAACACAACUGUAUCCUGCAAUGUUGCAAUACCUGAGGAAUUAUUCAAUGGCGUUGGAAAAUUAAAAGAUCAUAAGGUGAAGCUACAUAUUGACGAAUCAAUUCCACCCGUUGCUCAAACCCAUCGGCGGAUACCAUUCCAUCUACGGAAACAGGUGGAGAAAAAGCUUGAAGAGAUGGAAAAGGAUGACAUCAUCGAGAAAACAGAAGGUCCAACGCCCUGGGUUUCUCCAAUCGUUGUGCCGAAACCCAAAAGUCCAAACGAUGUUAGAAUUUGUGUGGAUAUGCGGGCUGUCAACAAGGCAAUCCAGCGAGAACGUCACAUAACCCCCACCAUAGAUGACGUCAUAGCAGAUCUAAAUGACGCUAAAGUAUUUUCAAAGCUUGACCUCAAUCAAGGUUAUCACCAACUUGAACUCUCAGAAGAAUCACGCUAUGUUACCACGUUUAGCACCCAUGUCGGCCUGAGGAGAUAUAAGCGCCUUAAUUUCGGAGUAACUUCUGCAGCUGAAAUUUUCCAAAAUACUAUUCGAGAAACUCUUGAAGGUCUCAACGGCUGUAUUAACAUCAGUGAUGACAUCUUAGUCUAUGGAUCCAACCAAAAAGAACAUGACAACAACCUUAAAUCUGUAUUGGAAUGUCUUCAGUCUCGUAACCUAACAUUAAAUAAGCUGAAGUGUGAAUUCAACAAAACCAGCGUUGAAUAUUUUGGAUAUGUAUUCUCAUCGCAGGGCAUUUCACCUGACUCUCGCAAAGUGGAAGCUAUACGCAACUCCCAACCUCCAUCCAAUCCAAACGAAGUCCGAAGUUUUCUAGGUAUGGUCAACUUUUGUGCCCGAUUCAUCCCAAACCUUGCGACACUAGCUAAACCAUUACGAGACCUGACAAAACAGCAUGUCAAGUGGAAAUGGACCAGUACUGAACAACAUGCUAUGGACAGUAUCAAAUCCGUGUUAACCAGUGAAACAACAAUGGCUUAUUAUAAUCCCUCGCACAAAAUUGAAGUUCUUGUAGAUGCAAGUCCAAUUGGUCUUGGUGCUAUACUUGUCCAAUAUCCUACCACUAGAGAUCACAGUGCUUCGCCACGUAUUGUCAGUUAUGCCAGUCGGGUAUUAACUCCUGUAGAGACUCGCUAUUCACAAAUUGAGCGAGAAGCUCUGGCUAUUGUCUGGUCAUGUCAUAAAUUUCAUCUAUAUUUAUAUGGUACCCAAUUCUCUGUUAUUACUGAUCACAAGCCACUGGAACGUCUUUUCAACGACCCACAAAGCAAACCACCUGCUCGUAUUGAACGAUGGUUACUAAAGGUACAACCAUAUCGUUUCAAUGUUCAGUAUCAACCCGGUUCUGACAAUCCAGCCGAUUUUAUGUCCCGCCAUCCGUUGCCAUCAUCACCUACCAGCCAUGAGGAGAGAUGCGCUGAAGAAUAUGUUAAUUUCGUUUCAAUGCAUACUGUUCCCAAGGCCCUUACACUGGAAGAAAUCAAAGAAGCCAUCUAA